AUGAAAUUACACUAUCUAUGGAUGAUAAUACUGACUAAGCUAUUGAUUAUAAAUGGAAUAUUGUCUAUCAUUUCGCAUGGGAUAAAUGUAAAUCAAACGCUUUUAUGCUCUGAAUGUUCACUGCAUUUUAACAAGUCAUUGAAUCACUUCAAUAUAGGAAAGAAACAGAAAAUCUGUCCAGAUGUAUGCGACUGUAAUACUUCUUGGUCAGAUAUCAAUGAAAAGUCAAUCUGCCCAGGAAGCAUUCCAAUUAUUCGUGAUAGUUGUAAUUGUUGUUGGUAUUGUGCACGUCAAUCAGGUGAAAUGUGUUCACCACGAUUUAAAUGUGAUAUUGACAAAGAUUUAUUCUGUUAUUAUCAUCGUCAUCAGUAUAAUCAUCACCAUGAUUCCAGUAACUUUGAAGAUAUGCAGAGCAGUAGUCAUUCAGAGAAGUCGAAGCUUAUUACUGGAGGACAGCUUACACUAAUACCGGAAAGUAUUAAUGCGACUGGAAUAUGUUGGAAAAAUAAUGGUAGACCAUGUUUUAUCAAUGGAACAUGGAUACCACAUAGUGGAGUUCAUGGCGAUGGAUGUCCACAUCAAUGCACAUGUAUCGAUGGUAUAACACUUUGUCAUAAUUUAUGCUCACAUAUUGAACAGAAAAGACCACCAGAUGAAUUAUGCAAUCAUAUCUACAGCGAUGGUACAACAAUGAAACUGCAGUUAAUGCCACCGAGACAAGGAGAAUGUUGUAAGCGGUGGAUGUGUUUACGUGUUCCUUUUAGCCAUCAGACUGGUAAGGGAGUAUAUGUCAACUGGAAAAAAGAACCAAAUUAUACAGAAGUUAAGGAAAUUCAGGAAAGUCAUAAUCAAGAUAAGAAUUACUGUAACCUGGUGAAGCAGGAAACCUCACUAUGGUCAGUUUGUAGUCGACAAUGUGGUCUUGGAAUAUCAUGGCGUUGGACAACAGAUAAUCAAUACUGUCAGAAUACUACAGAAAUUCGUCUUUGUUUCUGGCGUCCAUGUGAGAUGAAUUCCUCACAGAAGAAUAAUGCAGGAAACCGCCAGUUUUCGCCAACUCUUCGUUUUUCUCGUUCUGGUCAUCUACGUUUCUUGAUGCUGAACAAUUCCAGUAUAACUUCAUUGUCUAAUGUUCCUGUCUGUAGUCAACUUUCAAUUCCAUCAUGCUUACAGCAACAGUUGAAGAAUUAUUCCACAGAUAAUGUCAAAUCAACUAUGUGUCAACUGAUAAAACCACUGAAAGCAAACUUUUGUAAUAAAUCACCGCCUGGUCAUUGUUGCCUACCGAAUCGUUCAAAAACUAAACGUUUAAGUUUUCUAUGUACUACGGAGAUGAAUGAGUUGGAUAAGCAGCAUAGCCAACAGGAGUAUAAACAACAACAAUACCAGGAGGGAAGGUUGUCACAAGUUCAGUUUUAUUUAUUUGAAUGGAUUCAGUCGUGUAUUUGUGUCCCAGUAACUUGUGAAGUUCUCUUUAGCAAACAGUCGAGUAACAAAAUGGAUAGUAUUUAA